CUCGGACCAAUGAUUGCAAACAUCCUGUGUGACGUCAGUCGUUUUUGCGCGAAGGUGCAGAUGUUGGCGGUCUCUGGGUCUGAAGGUCUGUGAAACAGAAGGAGAGCUGAAGGAGGACCUACACGCUGAAGCACUUGACGUGGUAUUAAAGACAACACUUCUGCUGAAAUGGAAAUCUGUGGAGAUAUCCAAGUGAAACAGCUGAACAAGCGUAAUUCAGGUCAGGCGUUUGAAGUCAUCCUGAGCCCUUCAACUCCCGACGCCAAGGUGGAAUGUCCACUGUCCCCUCUUAAAAAGAAAGACAUGUCCAUCGAUGAUAUUAAGAAGAAGCUGGAGGCUGCUGAAGAGAGACGCAAGAGCUACGAGGCUGGAGUGCUGAAGAACUUGGCUGAGAAACGAGAGCACGGAAAGGAAGUCGUCCAGAAGGCCAUCGAGGGAAGCUGCAACUUUAGCAAGAUGGUGGAAGAGAAACUGAAUCAGCAGAUGGAAACUUAUGAGGAGAACCGCAGCGCCCGGAUGGCAGCUCUCAACGAGAAGUUCAAGGAGAAGGAGAAGAAGCUGGAAGAAGUGAGGAAGAACAAGGGGGCGAAGAAAGAAGUUGAAAUUUAGUUUGAUAUAACCGAGAACCGUUUUGACUGCUCCAAAGAUUUUGCUAUAUUUUUUUAUCUGAUACUUUCACAACUAUUCUUUCUUGGAUUUGAAUACACUGUUGAUACUGAUGCUGUUACACUGUUAAUUGGUCAUGGUUUAGGUUUUGUGUGGAUAUAGCUGGUAGGGCUGCUCGAUUAUGGAAAAAAUCUUAAUCACGAUUAUUUUGGAAAUUAUCUAAAAUCACGAUUAUUCAAACGAUUAUUAUGUGCCCUUAUUCUGAAGUCUAUGCUUUAUUUUUUUUAAUCACUUCCGGUUCUGGUAAACACAGAGGACGGCUGCGUGUCUUAUUCCUCCGUGAAUCCAGGAUAUCGGUGCCCGGUUAUUCAAACCUUUAAUGAUGGCAACCCUAACACUCUAUGACCGACUGACCGGCGCGGAGAAAUGCGGGUCCGGUCUGACCGGUCUGAACAGCCAGGCGGGAGGGCGCUUGAGAAAAGCGGUGCUCUGCGCGGCCGCUACAUGGUCUGCUGCUACCCUCCCUGCUUUUCCACUCGCGCUGUUUUUUUCACCGCCGGUCACCACACGCAACUCGCCUCAUUCACUUUACUGCUGCUUGAGAGUGAGAGCCAGUCAGCUGCGCUGCUGAAUGCUUUGGGGGAAGGACUGAAUUGCGCAUGCGCGUCUCUUUCGAAAAAAAUGCCAAAUAAUCGUUUCAACUUGAUUAUAGUAGUUUGGAGUUCGUUUGACCCCAUAAUCGUAAUUACGAUUAAAUUUCGAUUAAUCGAGCAGCCCUUAUAGCUGGGUUUUUCUCUACCUGUAGACUUCUCUUUGGCAGCUGAUUUCAUAUUAUCUUGUAGAAGAACUUUGUUUUUUCAUGAGCAGGCUUUUCAUUGCCAUUGAUUGGUCCUGAUGCUUCAUGCUGUUAAAAUGCAUCAAGGUAUCAACUGUUCUGAGCUGUUGAUAAAGUCCUUUAGUUGGAAUAUACUGUAUGUUACCAUGACUUUAGCAUUAAAGUUUGUUCCCUAAAAUUCUGUUUCUGUCCUUCACAAUUGAAUGUGUUUAUUCUUGUUCAAUAUUAAAUGAAAAGCUGUUUUUGUAGCA